AUGGAUAAGGCUAGCGCAUCGAAUGCAAAGAUCCCGAAAGUGGAUUUUAAUGAUCGUUUCAAGGCCCUCCACAAACUUAGACAGAAAGCUCGCAAGGAGAACCACGAGCAGGUUGUCGAGGAAGAUCGUCGCGCGAAGUUGCCCAAAAACUACGAGGCGAAGAAAACCAGAGAAGAGUGGCAAGUCAAAGAACUCGAAGAGCGCAAAGCAGCAGACGAACGUGGAUUGGACUUCGAAAGACUGAAGGCUCUCGAGCUGCCAGCUGACGUCGCAGACAAGUUGGAGAUGAAAAAGAACAAAAAGAAGAAUCCCGAUCUCGGUUUUUCGUCUUAUGAAGAAAUGACGCUGCGUCAGCACUCACGACUCACAUCUUCUUUGGAUCCGAACAUGGACGCUUACACGAAAAUGAGGGACGUCGUCGGAUCAGAGCAGUUCUACCCCACUGCAGAUACACUAAUUCAUGGAAAUCACUAUCCAACCACAUCAGCAAUGUCACGACUGGUUGAUGACGUCAAGGGUCAAGUUAAGAGACGUGAGCAGUUCCAUCGCCGAAGAAUGUUCGAUCCUGAUGCACCUAUCGACUACAUCAACGAAAAAAACAAAAAGUUCAACCAGAAACUCGAGAAAUUCUACGGCAAAUAUACGGAAGAUAUUCGCGACGAUUUGGAGCGUGGAACCGCUAUUUGA